AUGUCUAUUUUUUCCUUAAAUAAAAAUAUUUUUGAAGAAACUCAUAUAGAAAAUACUCAAUUACAAGCAGACCUUUCAAAUUUACAGUUUCAAUUUUUAGUUCAAGAAGAUGAUAAUUUAUCUUUAUUUGAAACAUCUGAAAUUUUAGAAACUACAGAAAAUGAUCUUUUAGAAAGUGAGGUUUGGACUGAAGAAGAGCUUUCAAAAUUUAAAAAAUUAUAUUAUAAAGAAAAAGAUAUUAUUGAAAAACAAGAAGAUGAUAAUCAAGAUUUAGAAAAUGAAAUAAAUUUAUUACAAAAUGAUAGUUUUAAAAAAUCUUUUGAAAAAGAUUGUUGUGAAAAAAAUUGUUUACAAACUCAAGUUGAAUAUUCUGUAGCUUUAAAAAGAUACUUAAAUUUUAAAAAUCUUUCUAAAUCUUUUCAAGAUAUAUAUUUAUUAGGUAUAAUUGCUGCUACUAAACGACCAGAAGUAAUUAAACAUUCAAAAAAGUCUAAGCUUACUACAGAAUAUAGCUUUGAAGGAAAAUCAAUUUGUAAAAAUGCUUUUAAAACAAUUUAUGGACUUGGUGAUACAAGAUGGAAAAAUUUAAGAGAUCAUUUUGUAGAACAUGAUAUAAAUUUACGUAUUAAUUCAAAAACUGGAAAAGUUGGAAAUCGAACAAUAUCUUUUGAAAUAGUAAUGAAAAAUUUGAAAAAAUUUUUGCCAAAUAUCAAAAAAUUAACUCCACGUAGUGAUUUAUGUUUAAAAUACAAAACUAUGAGAUUUAAUGCAAAUUAUUGGUCAAUUGAAGAAAAAGAAACUAAAGUUUUAGAAUGGCAUAAAUAUAUUAAAUGGGCACAAGAAGAACGAGAAAAUUAUAAAAAAUAUAUUAACAUAGCAUAUCAAGAUAUUCAAAAAUUUGGAAUUAAUAGUAUUAUACGUCCUGAAAAACCAAAUUCUUUAGAUAUUACAGUUCAUCUUUCUUGGGAUUAUGCACAGCAAAUUCAAUUACCAUAUUCAUCUCAACAAGAAGGUGAAAUUUAUUUUAAAUCUUUAUACAAAGUUCAUUUAUUUAGAAUCUGUGAUGAUGCAUUUCCAUGUCAAGUAAAUUAUCUUAUUAAAGAAAGUGAAUUAGUUGGUAAAGGUGCAGAUGUUGUUAUUUCUUUGAUUCAUAAUUAUUUUGAAUUAUAUGGAUUAGGAGAAAAAAAAUUAGUAAUUCAUGCAGAUAAUUGUUCUGAACAAAAUAAGAAUAAUGCAAUGAUUGCAUAUUUAGCUUGGAGAGUUUUAACAGAAUUACAUGAUAGUAUAACGUAUUGUUUUAUGGUUGCAGGACAUACUAAAUUUAGUCCAGAUAGAUUUUUUGGAUUGAUAAAAUUAUUUUUAAGAAAAUCUGAAGUAGAUAAUUUUAAUGAUCUAAUUAAUAUAGUUCAAAAUUCUACUCCUGGUGGAUAUAAUAUUGCACAAACAGUUUUUGAUAAUGAAGGGAAUCAAGUUGUGCAUUUUUAUGAGUGGACAAAUUGGUUAAAACAAAAAUUUACAACAGUUCCAGAUAUAUUAAAACAACAUUAUUUUGAAUUUAAUAAUUUAGACAAAGGACAAGUUAAGAUUAGUACAUCUUCUAAUGGAGAAAAAACAACUAUACAAAUUGAAAAAAUUAGACAAAAAGAUAAUUUUAAUCAAUUAGUUGAAAAAAAAUUACCUGGUCUUAGUGCAGAACGACAAUGGUAUUUAUAUGAACAAAUAAGACCUCAUAUACAAAAUCCUAACAAAAAAGAUGAUUUGUGUCCAAUGCCUACUAGAUAUCUACAAGAAAUUCACCAGGAGACCGCCGAAGGACCAGAGGGAAAUCCACAAGAGAAUUCUCCAAAAAAAAAAAACGCUGAAAUACCAGAAAGAUAUCCACAAGAAAUUCACCAGAAGGCUGCUGAAGGACCAGAGAAAAAUCCACAAGAGAAUUCUCCAGAAAAAAAAAAAAAAAUGCCGAAAUAUCAAAAACGCCGAAAUAUUAGAGAGAUAUCCACAAGAAAUUCACCAGAAGACUGCCAAAGGACCAGAGAGAAAUCCACAAAAGAAUUUUCCAAAAAAAAAAUGCCGAGAGACCAGAGGGAAAUCCACAAAAGAAUUCUCCAAAAAAAAAACGCGAGGGAAUCCACAAGAAAAUGGUUGGUAAACUUUCUUGUGAAUAUUCCUCUGGUUUCACCAAAAAAUGCCGAAAGACCAGAGGAAAAUCUACAAGAAAGUUCACCAACUAAACGCCGAAAAUACAAGAGAAGGUCCACAAAAAGUUCAAAAAAAACCCCUGCUAAAAGACAAGAGGAAAGUCCGUAA